GCCAUUAUAAUCCAGUGUGUACAAGCGUACCGUGUUAUAGCGCUGAGAGAAAGGAGAGUCUUCACAUAGGGUGUACGGUUUCGACUUUUUCUUAAUUUGUGUUCGCGUUUCACGCGCGAGUUUGCGACACGGGGAGUGUAACUAGUCUGAAGAUUUAUAUUACAUAUAUUUUCCUAUAUAUAGUGUGAAGUAAGGUGUGUGUUCAGAGUUAGCCUUGUUCGGAGCUAGCUCGCGCAUUCCAGCCCACUGAGAGGGUUUCAUAAGGCGUCUUUCACCACACACGAUCUCGUUCAUCUAAGAGGCGUCGUGUAAAGAAUCGUGUUUCUAUUUAGAUGGCAAGCUUCCCAGAUUUUGUCAACGAAAAUGAAAUAGCUAAAGCUAAGUUCAUUGGAGAGCUUUUAGCUCCUGUGGCUCCGUUUGACCAGAAGUCUGGACGGGAGACAUGGACUGUAGCUUUUGCUCCUGAUGGCUCCUAUUUUGCGUGGUCUCAAGGACACCGCAUUGUACGGCUCUUACCAUGGUCAAAAUGCAGAAGCAGUUUCUCCGUGAGGAAGGAGGAGUGGCUGAAUGGCGCGGGACCCAGGCGUUUGUCUCGGCAAGGUAGCGACAGUGCCCAGGUGCCUGGUGAGCCUCGAGAGCACACCAUCGACUGUGGUGACAUCGUUUGGGGACUAGCAUUCGGCUCCUCUGUUCCUGAAAAACAGAGCCGCUGUGUGAAUAUUGAGUGGCACCGUUUUAAAUUUGGCCAAGACCAGUUGCUGCUGGCUACCGGCCUCAACAACGGCCGUAUCAAGAUAUGGGACGUCUAUACAGGAAAACUUUUGUUGAAUCUAAUGGAUCACACAGACAUUGUGCGGGACCUGACGUUUGCUCCAGACGGCAGUCUUGUGCUGGUGUCUGCUUCCAGAGACAAGACAUUGCGUGUGUGGGACCUCAAGGACGAUGGUAACAUGAUGAAAGUGCUGCGUGGACAUCAAAACUGGGUGUACUGCAGUGCCUUCUCUCCAGACUCCUCAGUGCUGUGCUCUGUGGGUGCUGGCAAAGCGGUGUUCCUGUGGGACAUGGAUAAGUACACUUUGAUUCGUAAGCUGGAGGGCCACCAUAAUGAUGUGGUGUCCUGCGAGUUCUCUCCUGAUGGAGCCUUGCUAGCCACAGCCUCCUAUGACACCCGUGUCAUAGUGUGGGAUCCACACACGGCAACUGUACUGCUUGAAUUGGGGCACCUUUUCCCUCCUCCUUCUCCCAUAUUUGCUGGGGGAGCAAAUGACCGCUGGGUUCGCUCUGUGGCCUUCUGUCAUGAUGGCCGCCAUAUUGCCAGCAUCACUGAUGACAGGUUGGUGCGGUUUUGGAGCAUCGAUGAGAAAUCUCCCCAGGCCAUCGCCUCACUCACUAAUGGCCUCUGCUGUGCCUUCUCCACAGAUGGAAGUGUUCUAGCUGCUGGUUCACGUGAUGGCAGUGUUCAUUUCUGGGAGUGCCCACGCAGUGUCGCCAGCCUGCAGCACUUGUGUCGCAUGACCCUGCGGAGAGUACUAUCUACACAAAAAGUCUACGCACUGUCUAUCCCUCAAUGCAUGCAAGACUACUUGGCCUACAGGAGCUUCUAACCCAGAAGGCACAUAGCGGCACACUGUUAAAUCAGUAAAACAGCCUUUGCAUGAAAAUUUGGUCUGGGGAGGGAUUGAGGACAAAAAAUUUUUUUAGAUGGAGGGAAAGGCAGUGACUUUUCUGUUAAGAGGCCCUAAGCUGUACUUAAUGAGAUCACUGUUUAAGUAAUUUUUUAUAAAGUGUUAUAAAGCUGCUUGCACAUUCCCUGUCAGUACCAUUUUUUUUGCACACUAAAACCUAAGCCUUCUCAUUUGCUCUUUCACCCAUAUCAGCUAGUGGCCUUUAGACAGCCUUAUCGUCAGUGUCACUUUUUUUUUUUUUUUUUUCUUUCUGGCACAAAGUCUUGUGCAAAAACUUAUGGUGCAACUUUUAAGAAUGAGACAGCUGUAAUGUCGUCUUACAAGAGACGCGAGCGAAUGUUAGCUGACCUAAAGUGGUGUUAAGGAAUAUCAGCAGUGAUUUGGAGAAGGGAAUGGAGGAAGAGUGUUCAACUGAAAGAGUUUCAUACUACUUCACCAUGCACAGUGGUGUGUGUGCUGUAUGUUUGAGAAUAUUUUAGGAGAUCAGGGAUCUAGGCAGUGCCUCCCCUUAGUGUGCCUCGAUAGCAGCAGAAAUCCCUAGUGCUCUUUGUCCACACCCAGACACUGCCUCAGUAACAACAGCCUUUUUCUCAACCUCCAUAACCCUGACAAUGUAGUGAUGAAAUUCAUUUUCUUUUUCAUAUUGUUUAUUUUUUCUGUACAGACAUUUGUAAAGAAAUGUUUUGUGAGUGUAAAUGUUUGUGUGUAUAUAUAUAUAUAUAUAUGAUAUCUAAAUUUGCUUUCCUGUUUUUUUUUUGUUUUUUUUUCCUUCUUUCUCUGCUCAAUCUAAGAAUGUAAGAUUGUGUUUUUAUACAUGUAAAAUGCUAAUGCUGUGAAAACUCCAGAGACGGCGGCUGGACUCUGAGCUGGUUAUAUGACAGUAGAGGUGGUUAUCGGGUAUUCGCCAGCAAAUAACCCCAAAUGUUCCCUCUCGUCCAAACGGACACUUCUGUAAGGUUGGCGGGUAACCUAUAUUUAUUAUAUAUUUAUAUAUGUGGUGCUUGUUGGUUGUCGAACAGCACGCCUACAUCACCCCAUGUUUAAUCUUCUGUCAGGCUUCUGCUAUCAGAGUAGAUCUACCUCCUAAGUUGGCUCGAGUAACAUCUGCUGAAGGCUCGGUUAUUUACAUGCAGUUUAACAGUUAGAGGUGAAACUCUCUUGUACUCUAAUGUAUAAUUCUGCCUGUUCUAGCUGAUGAUAGCUGAUUAAGGAGAAGCAGGGAGAGGUAUAUGCUCAAUGUAUAAGCAAUGGUUGCAUUUGUCACCUUUUUCUGUCAAUGUGCAGACAAUGAAUCUUAGCAAUAAACUGCUUGUUGUAACCAUUGGAGCCGAUGCCAAAGAUCCCCUAGGGUUCUUUAAUGUAUUUUUGGCACUCAGUAUUAGUUUUGUUUUUCUUCUCUCAUCUAUUUCUGGCUAAAACUUGAAGCCUUCUGUUGAGCCCUAGUUGCUUGUUCUGUCUGUGUGUGUGUGGAAUAACUUCAUCAGCACUCUGAUAAGUCACCUGUAUUGUCAGUUAUAAUUGCAUAAGGUAGCAAAUUUCUCUAAUACAUUGCUUUCCAUUCUACAUUUCAAACAUAUAGUAUACAAUAAAAGCAACUGGAGUCGUUAUAAGAAUGUAUGGUUUUGGUUUUGUAUAUUUUUGUGUUUUGUAGUUGAAAUAAAGGCUUGUUUUCAAAUAA